UUGUGUUAAAUCUACUGCUUCAUUUUAAAGAAACAAAAAAAUAUAAGCAACUUCUAAAAAAUGUAUUUCUUUUAUUGGAUAUUUUUUCCCAUCUAUGCAGUGCUGUGCAUCACGCCGGAAUUCGACUCGUAUGAGGCGAAUGUUACCUCAACGAAUGGAACAACGGCUGUCUUACCCUGCACCAUCAACCACCUCAGUUCCCAUCAGGUGGUAUGGACCAAUCCAGAAUCAACAAUCGUAUCUUUGCAAAUUCGGCGUAUAAUUGACGAUGUUAGAAUCAGUGUGGAACGACCAUAUAUCAAAGAUUGGCACCUCCAUAUAAGGAAUGUACGGGUGAGUGACAGUGGGGAGUACACGUGUCAAAUCAAUACAACACCAGUGAAAAUGAAGAUUAUUAAUUUAAAAGUUGUAGUGCCACCAACAAUAAUCAGUCAUUUGUCCAGUACAGAUAUGGAGGUACGAGAAGGUGACACAGUUACAUUAAUAUGCAAUGUUACUGGUAUUCCACACCCAAACGUCACGUGGUAUCGACAAUCAGCCAGUAAUGACUAUUCUACAAUGGAAAGAAUCGGACAACAAGGAGAAGUUUUAGUAAUCCAUAAUGUCAGCCGAUAUUGUGACGAUGUGUAUGAAUGUGUAGCCAAAAAUGGUAUUCCACCCGUUGUUAGUCGAAAAAUAAAAGUUUCCGUCGAUUUUGCACCAGAGGUACAGUUACGGAAUAAACGAAUUGGUCAAGUUAGUGGGCGAGAAACUAUUUUAGAUUGUCGAAUUACUGCUUCACCGCAGGGUGUGACAGUAUGGAUGCGAAACGGAAAAGAACUUGUUAACAAUGAAAAAUACAGCAUUGAAGUAUUUAAUGAAGGAGGACAUACUAUAACUCUAAGUCUACGAAUAACUCAAAUUAAGGCCAGUGAUUUUGGAGAAUAUACUUGUCUAGCAUCGAAUCACCUCGGAAGAGACAGAGAGACGAUGGUACUUUACGAAAAAAGACGGACAACUCCGGCACCAACUGAGAAUCGAACACACAAAAAGCGUCCUUUUAUCAAUUACACAAAUACUGAACACCUGAGUGGCGGGCAAGAAGACAUAAACUUGGAUAAAAAUAUUAUGGUGACCGUCAAAAAUUUUUCUAACCAGUCAUUUAAAAACGACCCUAGCCAUCCAUUAGCGCCAUGGUCAGAAUCUUCCGGUUGCUUCAGCAUUAUCAAUGACAAUGGGCUCUGUCUGAAGUCUAUAGGCAUGUAUAUCUUUGGCAUUAUAAUCAGCAGUGUUCUCAGUGACCAUUCUCUUCUCUAGCAGCUUUAUACGUACGAUAUCGUCUACAAAACCAAUCCUGAAACUUCAAAUACAAAAGCUCAUCAAACAUGUUUUAUUUCAUAAAUCAUAACAACAAAGUCGGUAGCCAUGCUAAAGAGACAUUGAAGACGCCCAUUCACAGCUAUGCUCUUAUUGGAAUGGCCAAAUCUGCUGACAAAAAGCUUUUUGUAUCAAUUUAAAUGUGCAAUCAUCGGCAAAAAAAUGAAGGGCCAGAAAUAAAGAGAGAAGAAAACGGAUGAAUUAAGAUGAAAUGAGACUUUUUAAUACAAACUCAAGUACCUGAGAAUUACGAAAUCAUAGUUAGUCAAACUGGACAGCUAUGUUUAUGUGUUCUCAUCUAGAGAAAGACUUUAAACAACUUGUUUAACGUUAAACCUUCCUAAUUAUUUAGGAGUAUUAAUGAGUAAAGAGACUUAUUCACAGGGCAAAUGUAUUAAUUUACAUACAAUAUGACAGUUGUUGGAAAAUGUUUGCCUGAGAAAUAGCCACAGUUACACAAAGAAAUGUUUCUGAAACUCUAUGGCAAGCUACCCCUGUAGCCUGUUUAUAGAAAGUAUAGGAACUGUAAUAUUAAAAGAAAUAUAUGACAAUAAUCUUAAGCCAAUUAUCUUCCAGCCAGAACAAUGCGGAAACUUCUUACUUCCUGAAUGUUUACGUCUGUUAAUAUUCAGGUCCCUGAUUAAAAUAUAUAUAUAUAUAUAUAAUGAUAUAAAAGAAAAACAAACAAAUACAUAAAUAAAACAGCAGAGUUUACGCUCUAUUUAAGUCCACCUUUUUAUGUUGAUAUUGAAAGCAACUUUAUUCACGUUUUAUUAAAGUACUGCCAAACGGAUCAACUGCAAAUUUCCAGGGUAUUGUUUUGCCCACUGGCAGAACAAACAAUUCAACAAUCUGAUACUUUCAUAAACUGAAUGAAACGAAAAACAAACAAAAUUAAAUAAUAACAAAAAAUAAUGACACCCACAUAUACACAAAAAAUACAAAAAUCAAGUAAUAAAUAAAUAAAAAUAAAUCAAUAUGUUUUUUGAAAUCAGAUCAAGCUUUGCAUAGUGAAAGUUGGACCAUAUUAUCUGAUUAUUUGAUAUGCUGAAGCUUUUGGUCACGUACUUGCAUCAAGUCUUUUUUUUUUAACCCUGUCACAUGUCUCCUUAUGUUCCGAUGAGGGUGACUUCGAAAGGGCCAUAACCCUUAAACCCUUAACCAAUAACAGUUGCUGUACAAGUGCCUUUCGCCGAUGCUCUGUAAAAAUCAUUCCGGUUAUAACUCUAUGUGUGGCAUGUGUAGUAAGCCUUAAUUUUAGAACCGGUAUUAGCUAGAUAUUAGUUGGAAUGUUUCUAUCUCGCCCCAAUAGCAUAUGUCAGGGUUAACUAAAGUAGCAGAGAACAAUAUGUACACAGUCAUUCUAAACAGUGUAUGGUUGUGUUAUAAAGUUUUGUUCCGUUUUUAAGUCCCCAAAAGAUAUACCUGUGUAUUUUACUCUUUUAUACAUACAAACAUACAUACGUAUGUAUGU